ACGUGGUGGAACAGGUGGAAACGCCCCCAUGUCAGCGGCUCUGCUUGCCCUCAGCCGCCAUGUUGGUUCGGGGGCGGGAACACCAGUUUUGUUCGCGGCGCUAUGACACAACCCCGAGAUUGCCCCGAGACCCCUUUCAGGCCGGUUCAGAAGCGAACUGGAGGCUUUUAACCAGCCCCCGGCAAGGGGUUACCCCUCUCCGGGCAGCGAGCACACGCCAGGAGAGGGGGAAAGCGCACCCGCGGAACGUCAGGUCCAGGGCACGACGGGCGGGGGGGCAGCAUUAAAGGGAACACCGUCCUCGGUCUCGGGGAGCGAGUUCCGCGGGGAACGCUUUGGGUGCUGCACCGCGGCGGCUCGGCAAGAUGGCGGCGCCCAGCGCCCGCUGCCUGUGGAGAGCACUGGCCCCGCAGCGCGGGUGGGUCCGCGCCGGGCUGGAGCAGCGCCUCGCCGCCCCCACCGUGGUGAGCGCCGCGACCGCCCGGCCCUUCGCGGCGGCAGCCAAACCUGCCAAAAAAGGUGCCCAGUGGACCAGGCAGGAGAAAGCCAAGGACAAGCCCUCCCGCCGGCGGCGGCCGCUGAUGACCAAGCCCGUGGACGACGUGUACCUGACGUGGCUCUACCGGCGCCCCUUCUACGACCUGGAGCAGGCCGUGGGCAUGCUGAAGAAGUUCCAGCAGCUGGACUUCACUCACCCCAAGCAGUUUGUCUAUAUCAAUGUGUUCCUGGACAUGGCCCUGAAGAAGAAAAAGCUGGAUCCUUUCUCGGGUGCCGUCGUCCUUCCCCACCGCUUUACAGAUGAAGUGAAGAAGGUUUUGGUUUUCACAGAGAAUGAGCAAGAAGCUGAAAUAGCUCGGGAGAGUGGAGCUGAGAUCGUGGGGGGACUUGAAUUAAUGAAAUGGAUCUUGGAGGAUGAAAUCCAAGCAGAUUUCUAUGUGGCUGUUCCUGCCAUAAUACCCAAGCUAGUACCACUGAGGAACAAACUGAAACGGAAAUUCCCCAGCACCAGAAAAAAUUCCCUGGGCAGUGAUAUUCCCAAAAUGGUGAAGCUCUUCAGGGAAUGUCACGAGUACGCCGUGCAAGACGAGAGUGUAAUCAAGACAAGGAUAGCCAGGCUGGAUAUGCCUACUGAGCACAUAAUUGCCAAUCUAAAGGCAGUUAUCCAUGACAUCUGCACCUUCAAGCCACCACCUUAUGAUCCCAUUGUGCAGAGGUUGGUGAUCAGAUCUUCAACCAGUGAAGGUUUGCAAGUGAACCUUGAUGGAAUCUUACCUCAAGUGGAGAAAGCAGAAGAAAAGGAAGAAGAAGAAGAAGAAAGAAGAGCAGAUGAUGAGGAUGAAGCAGAAAAACCUGUCCAGGAACCCGUUAGUACCUGAGGUCUUUCCUUGUAGAUCUGACGGAUCACGCUUGGGAAGCAAAGGGUGUCGUUCAAAUCAUGCUCUGUGGAAACAAAAAAUAAAUGGAACUCGUGAAUUUCA